ACACCGAACGCGACAGUAAGCGGGAAUUUCCAGCCAGGAAGUGAGAACAAACAGCUACUUCUUCACAGUGAAGGCAGAAGCCACACACACACAGCUACAGACACACACACACACAUACUCACACACCUCCAGCCCAACGAGAAGCAGCGAGGAGGAGGAGAAUCCUUCACGGCUGUGAUCUCACCAGCAUUACCCGCCCCUAGCUCAGAAAAAAAAAGAAACAAGGAAACUGAAACGCUCUCGGGGGAAGAAGCACACUGGGAUCCAGGAUUCGCACUUUCCUAGCACUGGAUGCUAUGGAGAACUGACAGGGAGAAGUGCUUGGGGACUCACCAUCUAGAGAAGACAACCCAUCAUCUCUGAUACUAUAUGUGGUAAGGAUUACAUCAAGGACGGGAGGACUGACCAGAGCAAGUGACAGUUACAGGUCACAGAUGGCAAAAAUGUUUGAUAUUGACGACCAGAUAUUGGAUCCCUUUUUUAGAGGGCCUGGAUUUCAUGAUCAAAUGCUGAUGACUAGUGACUCACCAAUGCAGACAUGUAGAGUGGAUGGACCAUACAUUGAAAUCUUAGAGCAACCUAAACAGAGGGGUUUCCGUUUUCGGUAUGUGUGUGAAGGUCCAUCACAUGGCGGAUUGCCUGGUGCCUCCAGUGAAAAGAACAAAAAAUCCUAUCCACAGAUAAAGAUAAAUAAUUAUAUUGGUGAUGCCAAGAUUAUUGUCCAGCUGGUCACCAAUAGCAAAGAUGUCCGUUUACAUGCCCACAGUCUAGUGGGUAAACACUGCGAGGAUGGGAUCUGUUCUGUUAAAGUGGGGCCAAAAGAUUCAGUUGUUGGGUUUGCCAACUUGGGAAUACUUCAUGUCACAAAAAAGAAAGUGAACGAGAUUUUGGAGACACGCAUGUUGGAUGCUUUUAAAAAGGGGUAUAAUGGAGAAGUACUGGUGCACCCUGAGCUCAACUAUGUGUAUUCAGGAGACCGGCCUUUAACUGAUCGAGAGAGAGAGCUGAUCCACGAGGCGGCCUACCAGCAGUCAAAGGACAUUGACCUCAGCGUGGUACGGCUUAUGUUCACAGCCUUCCUUCCAGAUAGUAAUGGCAGCUUCACCAGGCGCCUAGACCCUGUCAUAUCUGUACCCAUCUAUGACAGCAAAGCACCAAAUGCCUCGAAUCUAAAGAUUGUACGAAUGGAUCGGACUGCGGGCUGUGUGACGGGAGGAGAAGAAGUCUACCUUCUUUGUGAUAAAGUUCAGAAAGAUGAUAUUCAGAUACGUUUUUAUGAAGAGGAUGAGAAGGGGGGUUUGUGGGAAGGAUUUGGUGAUUUCUCACCCACUGAUGUUCACAGGCAGUUUGCUAUCGUCUUCAAAACCCCAAAGUACAGAGAUGUAAACAUUACAAAGUCAGCGUCUGUGUUUGUUCAGCUUCGGAGGAAAUCUGAUUUUGAAACUAGCGAACCCAAACCAUUUCUUUACUAUCCAGAAAUUAAAGAUAAGGAAGAAGUGAUAAGGAAACGCCAGAAACUCAUGCCAAAUUUCUCAGAUGGAUAUGGUGGAGGCAGCGGUGCGGGCUCUGGAGGAGGUGGGGGAAUAUAUGGAAAUAGUCCGGGAUCCUCAGGAGCUGGUGGAGGUUUUGGAUAUUCUACAUAUAACUAUAAUAACUACGGAGGGUUAAAUUUUCAUGGUGGAGUCAUGAAUUCCAGUGCAGGCAUGAAACGCACUGCAGUGCCAGACAGUGCAACAAAGCAGCAAAUCAAUGAAGCUGGAGGUACCCAGAAUAAACCGAGUGGGACUGACUGUGAUCAUCGUGAAACUCCCCAGGAAGAGGGUGGCCCACCAGAUGCUUCUGAGUGGGAGCACGAGACUCACUGUAAACUGUAUAAUUGUCACUUCCUGGGUAAGGCCAUGCAGCUAGCAAAGCGCCACGCAGCGUCCCUCUUCAACUAUGCUGUAACAGGUGAUGUCAGGAUGUUACUAGCAGCACAGCGCCAUCUAGCUGCAGCUCAAGAUGAGAACGGGGACAAUGUCCUCCACCUGGCUAUUAUCCAUCUACAUACUGCAUUGGUGAAGAUUUUCCUUGAUGUGACCUGUGGAGUUGUAUGUGAAGACAUCAUUAACGUACGGAAUGAUCUGUAUCAGACCCCGUUGCAUCUGGCUGUUAUCACCCACCAAGCUGACACAGUGCAGGAUAUCAUGAGUGCUGGUGGAGACCCAAUGCUGCUGGACCGCCACGGGAACUCUGUCCUGCACCUUGCCUGCAAAGACGGAGAUGCCAAGACCUUGAAUGUACUUCUUAAACAUAAAGACAUCAGCAAGAUCAUUGACCUUCCAAAUGGGGAUGGCUUGACUGCAACACAUGUUGCGGUGAUCGCAAACAGCAUGUCCUGCCUCCGACUAAUGAUAUCAUCAGGGGCUGCCGUCAAUGCAAAGGAGCAGAAAUCAGGCAGAAGUGCCCUGCAUCUCGCCGUAGAACAGGACAAUAUCUCACUGGCAGGCUGCCUUCUUCUCGAGGGUGAUGCCGACGUGGAUAGUACCACAUAUGACGGGAGCACCCCGCUUCAUAUAGCAGCUGGAAGAGGUUCCAGUAAACUAACAGCACUCUUGAAAGCAGCAGGCGCUGACCCUUUCAUUGAAAACUUUGAGCCCCUUUACAGUGUUGAGUCCUCAGAGGAUGAAAACCAUAUAGAUGAAGGAAUAGUACCAGGCACAAAACCACUGGAUAUGGCAACCACUGAAGAGGUCUUAGAGAUACUGAAUGGAAAGACAUAUACAUCAGAGGUUGCUUCACAAGAACUCAAGCCUCAAGGAGACUUGAACAAACUCAGUGAAGAUGCAAAGCAAAAGCUGUACAAGUUACUGGAACACGAGGAUACAAACAAACACUGGUCCACGCUAGCACAGAAGAUGGGUCUAGGAAUAUUAAAUAACGCAUUUCGCUUGACUCCUGUUCCAUCCAAAACAUUACUUGACAAUUUUGAGGUUUCCGGUGGUACAAUAAAAGAACUUCUAGAUGCUUUGAAGCAGAUGGGUUACAGAGAAGCCAUAGACACUGUUAAACAAUCAUUGGCAAACAUCACUAAUUCAUCUACUGAUGUGGAUAAUUAUUCUAAAAACUCCAUCUUCACGGAGAAGACUGAUGAGCCGAGGCAACAGGACAUCGAAAGCAUGUGCGACAGCGGUGUGGAAACAUCUUUCCAGAAAAUGAGUCUUUCGUAUUCCGAAUCUCUGAAAGCAUCAGACGGGAUUGGCUGUUUGGAGAAUCAACAACCAAGCAAUGAUCUCAUUUGCAAUAACUGAUGGAUAAUGGCCCACUGGCCCACAUGAGAAUUAUAAGCCUUGUCAUCCCAGAAGAGUUGCACUAGAAGUCAUUGAGAAGAGAACGGGAGGAAAAUAAAGAAGGAAGAGGGAGAAAACACAUAGGUGCGUGUGUGUGCAUGCGCGUCUAGCAUCAUAAUGGAGCUAAGCUGUUGCACAUUAACUAAUUGGACUGUAUACUGAUUUAAAUCAAAGUAUAUUUAGCUUGAUUUCUCUAGUGAAUUGAGAAUAAAUGUGUGUGGAUUUA